AAUCCUCUGUACAUAACCAAAAAAACCCUAGUAAAGAAGAAAAAUCAAGAUGGGUCUGAUCAGCAAAGAAGAGAUUAGCAAAACAAGAAGAUAUUCAUCUUCUCUUUGGAGAGGAAUCAAAACGAUCUUUGUUCUCUUCACUAUGUUUCUCUCUUUCAUCAUCUUCUCUGCUCCGAUCUUCCUCGCCGUCGCCGACGCCAUCCUCCCCUCCGCAAUCCUCUCCUCCUCCUCUCUCAACCGCCUUUCUCCUCCUAGUUUUCCGGCGACGAUUUAUUCUUAUCUCAGCAACUACGAUUUCAGAUACUCUCUCAUCGAUAUACCUCUCAUCUCCAUCACUAGAUCUGCCAUUAUACUAUGCGUUUACGGGCUUUGUGACGGACCAAAGUUAUCAAGGGGACCAUAUCUGACAAUAACGAUGAUAUGCUCGAUAUCUUCAUUAAUAUACGUAUCGUUUAAGGCAGCGAUUGUGUUCGGAGAGCCAGUGAUCGGAGGAUAUUUCCGAACAGAGGAAAUGGCUCUCUUUGUAUGUUCUUGGAUCUUAGCCAUCGGUCACAUCGUUGUGGCGUACCGUACAAGUUGUAGAGAGAGAAGAAAGCUCCUAGUCUUCAAAAUCGACAUCGAAUCCGUUUCAGCUUGUAAAAAUGUGUUUCCCCGAUACCAAAAAAUCCUGCAACAAGAGAGACUCAAAUAGCCAUAUUCGAAGUCAGUCGUCGUCACUUGUACAUAUAUAUACUUACAAUACAAGCUACAUGUAUAUAAAUAUACGUAUCAAUGCAACAUCUACUGGGUUUUGGUCUCUUCAUGUUUCAGAAAGGUCCAAAGGAUAUAAUCUGUAAAGGAGGAAGGAACAGAUAACGAAUGGGGCUUAAUAUAUAUAACCUAUGCUUUUCCAUGUGAGACUACAAAAGACAACUCCAAUGAAUUGGCAGUUGUUAC